AUGUCAUUCAUAAUCGACUCUGCCGCCAAGUGCGAACUCCGCUCUGUAAUUCGAUUUCUCUGUGCUGAGGGGCAUAACGCUGCGGAAAUCCACCGGAGAAUGAGCAAAGUGUAUGGUGACAACUUCAUGAGCGACAGUAUGGUCCGGAAAUGGUUCCGGGAGUUCAAAGAAGGACGAACUGACGUGCAUGAUGAAGGCGGCCAGGGAAGAAAGUCUGUGGCGACCGACGAUGGGAGAACAGGAGAGGAGCUCCAAGACAUGGUCAGAACAUGGUUGGACGAGCAGGCGGCGGACUUAUACGAGGAAGGUAUUAUCAAGCUAGUGCCCCGCUAUGAGAAAUGCUUAAAUCGCCUUGGCGAUUACGUAGAAAAGUAG